UGGAACGGAAGUCCUGUUGUCUCAAAGGAGGAGUUGGGGCUUUGCGGGGUGUGAUCUCAGUGUGAUGAGAAGGGUCCGCGAUAAAAGGGCUCUUCUGAGAUCGUCCGAAGUCUUAGAGACGCCUCGUUACAUUAGCCACACGCAUACGAGCACGUAAGGGUCCGCUUGUGAGUCUGUUCGAUGGAGCGUUGUCUUGUCUCAACGAACAGUGAAAGAGGUGUCUGAAGGAGCUGGCGUGUUAGAGGAAUGUGUGAAGGCAAUUAAUUGCUGUACUUGACUGAGUUGACACGUCCUCCUGAUCAAAAGUAUGAUGUUUACUGAGAAAAACAGCACUACAGUCCCUCAGAAGCCUGGGCAGAAGAAGACAAGACCACAGGGUCUUCCAUCUCCAGCUCUUUGUUGUGCCUGUGGCCUCUGCAUCAUGUUGGCAGGGAUCAACAUCACUCUUGUAGGAGCCUUUGCCUUUGGCACCUUCUUGCCAGUGAACAAUCCUCCCAUCAUCAUUGGGCCCAUUUUGCUGGUGGUUGCUUUUACCUUUUUUGCCGCCUGUUGCAUCUGUAGUCGGAGACCCCCUGCCCAUGGUCAGAGGAAGUCCAAGCCUGGUUCCAAUAUUGGCAUAAUCAAGCCUGGUCAUGCCACAUUUGAGAUUGAAACUAGCGAGCACACAGUGCAAGACACAACUGCAGUCCAGCUCAGUCCAACAAAUUCACCGGUGUCUUCUAAGAAAUCUACCCCAGUCCAUGAAAACCCAAAGACAUGUAAACUCUUUACUAUGGAUGGCAACAACCCUGCAGCCAAGUAUACACCUGGAGCCGAAGCAAUACAACUGAACUUACCCCAGGACUUGGAUUCAUCCUCAUAG